CUUGUGUCAACAAAUGAAAUUCUCGUUAUAAAAUAAAUUAAACAAUGUUCAAGAGAUUUUCAUAUUGCUAAAAAAAUGGCAUCAGGAGAAUUCAUCCGAAAGGCCGCCCAAAAGGUGCGCCCAAUUCUAUCCCGGGACCACCAGCAAGCACGCUUCAAGGUUCUCAAACUAUACCGCAUCUGGUACCGGUACAUGCCAGAGCUGGUGCAUCUGUACGAUAUACCCAAAACGGUUCCGGAAUGCCGAGCCAAACUGCGGGAAGAGUUCCUCCGACAUAAGGAGGUGUAUGAUAUCCGGGUAAUUGACAUGUUGGUGGUACAGGGUCAUAUCAGGCUGAAGGAAGUUAUGAACCGGUGGCAGCAGAAGGGACACUUGAUGCAACACUGGAACGACGGAGUAGAACCGAAGCCGAAGGAUUUUCUUUCGAAAUUUUACGCUGGACAUGAGUGAUGGGAUGGAACUUGUUUAGGUAUUUAACAUUUUUAUGUUUAUUCCUCCGGGUUCUAAUAAAUACAGUUAAUCAACACUCGAUGUAUUUUUUCGUUUGUUUUGUAGUAAUGGACCUCUCUGAUGGGAUUAUUUAUAAUAGCAUUUUUGUUUGUUUUUAUUUACGGAAGCACAUUUUAAAAUAUGUGCGAACCGUCGUGAUGUGUGGGGAGUGUAUAAAUUA